AUGGUCAUAGUUGGAGAGCAUUGUUCAACCCACGCCGAAGCGGUAGAUGAAAAUAGAACUGGAGGGAUUCAGAUAGCUUCGCGUGCGCAGAAUUUGGACUCGCGUUUGCAUCUAGACGCGGGUUCGGAUUCAGUCUCAGAUGAUGGGGAUGGGUACGAUGAGGAUGAGGAAGACGCUUUGAUAUCGAAUGGGGCUGAGCAAGAAGUGAUGCAGACGGAAAUGAAUGUGGAAAUGGAAAUGGAAAUGGAAGUGGAAAUGAACUUGAAUAAAACACAAGCUUGGGCUCUUUAUCUGAGUCAUUUUUUAUCCACCUGGAAUGGAAGGAGUUAUGAAUUCGCGGCUAUUAUCUUCACGGCAAGUGCAUGGCCUGAUACAUUGGUUGCUGCUUCUAUUCGUGGUAUUGUGAGGACUUUAGCAUCUAUUUGUUUCUCUUCCACUGUAGGGAGAUGGGUUGAUCAAAGUCCAGACCGACUGAAGACUCUUUUGACGACGAUUACGAUUAAUAGAAUCGCGGUGAUUUGCGCUUCUAUAUUAUGGUUUUUCGUGGUUGAAUCGGAGAAUAAUCCUGAAAAUGGUGUACCUUUACUCCAAUCUAGGAAAGAUGAUGUUACACUCAGAGAUACCAUGAAAAUUGUCAUGUUCUUGCCAAUUCUUGGAUUUGGUAUUUUGGAAGCAUUGAGCGCGAAUGGGAAUAUGCUAUCAAUGGAAAGAGAUUGGGUGGUUGUUGCUGCGGCACCGGCAGGGAAUCAAUAUGAUCUCACGCAUUUGAAUUCUUCGAUGAGAAGAAUCGAUUUGAGUUGUAAACUCCUCGCGCCGAUAUUAAUCUCAUUCCUCAUUUCGAGACUGGGAAUAAAAAUUGGGGUGAUUGUUGUAGGUGGGAUGAGUGCUGCGAGUUGGGGAUUGGAAAUGUGGUCUGCGAGGAGAGUAUGGAGGUCUAACGCUCGAUUACAAAGACGGAAAGAGGUGAGAAAUGAUGAAGUGGUAUCGGAUGUCGAGGUGCGAAGUGUGAGGGAGAAAUUCAUGCGAGGGCUUCGUUUGCACAAGGAAGACUUUAGGAAUUAUUUUUCGUCCAAAGUUUGGAUUCCUUCAAUGUCGCUCUCUUUACUUCAUUUCUCUGCACUCUCGUAUGGUGCCACGUUUAUCACUUUCUUAUUGAAUGCGGGAUUUUCGUUGGAUCUUAUUACGCUCGCUCGAGCAGCGGGAAGUGUGGUGGAAAUUAGUAGCACGGUUGUAACACCCUUUGGAGUUCGACAUCUUUCAAAGGCUCAUGGUCAUGGUCCAUAUGAUCGUUUACACGGAUCCAAUGAUUCGGACGAAGUUUUGUUACAGGGAGAAGGCGAAAUCGAUGAAUCGGGAAGAAUCACUACUGGAUUGGAACGAUUAGGUCUUUGGGGUCUUUCAUGGCAAUUUAUAAAUCUCGUAUAUCCCGGUAACUCUCAUCCUUUGGAUCCUCUCCACUUCCACCUCUAUCCCCAGCACUCCUCUCCUCUCCCGCAUCAUCCCCCCCUCUCCCCCAGUUCUCCCCUUCUCGCUCUCUUCCUCUUCGCUACCCUCUCUCUCUCCCGUCUCGGUCUCUGGAUCUUCGAUCUCACCACUCAACAACUAAGCCAAACCCUCAUCGCACCUACUCAGCGCUCCUCCUUUGCCGGCUGCGAAUACUCCCUCGUAGCACUAUUUGAAUUGGGGAAUUAUGUAAUGGCGAUUAUUUGGUCUAGACCAGAUCAAUUUGGGUGGGUAGCCCUGUUAUGA